UGAAAUGAAUGUAUAAAACUCGAAAAUUUCCAAAAACUAAAAAAAAAAAAAACCAAACUGAUUCAUCUCUGUAAAUUGCAAAUUCCACGAAGUUUCUAGGGUUUUUUUUUUUAUAUUUGCUUUGAGUUCGUCGAGAAAUCUGCGGCUGAGAUGGCGGAUUCGACGGCGGACGCGACGGAAGCAAACGCCGCCGAUACACUGAGGCGGGAGUUACAGAAGGUACUGACGGAGAUUUUAAACGACGGAGGAGGGAAAAGCAAAGAUCUUGGUGAGACGACUGAUGAUGAAGCUGCUUCUUGUUUUGGAGUUGUGAAAGCGAUCGAUGAAGCGAUUAGAAUCUUGAAUUGUCUGAGGAACAGAGUAGAAUCGAGUAAACCGGAAUCUGAUGAUACUAUUGCUCCGGUUAAAGUGCCUAAAGAGUUUAUAUGCACACUCUCUAAUACGAUCAUGAUCGAACCUGUGAUCAUCGCUUCUGGCCAGACGUAUGAAAAGAGAUAUAUAACAGAGUGGCUAAAGCAUGAACGUACAUGUCCCAAAAGCAAAGAAGUCCUCUCACACUGUUAUUGGAUACCAAACCAUUUGAUCAAUGAUUUGAUUACGCAAUGGUGUCUUGUUAACAAAGUUGAUCGGCUAAAACGUCCCUCUGAUGAGAUAGUUACUGAGCUGUUCACUAGUGACAUCGAAACACUGCUUCAGCGAGUUUACUCUCCCUCCUCGGUUACGGAUCAGAUUGAAGCUGCCAAAGAGCUUCGCCGUCAGACCAAGAAAUUUGCAAAUGUUCGUGUCUUCUUUGUCGCUGGGAUCAGUGAUUCGAUCACUAGGUUGCUUAGUCCGCUCUCUGCUUUGGGCGAGGGAGUUGACUUGAACCCCGAGCUUCAGGAGGAUAUUGUCACAGCGUUGUUCAACCUCUCGAUUCUUGAGAAGAAUAAAACAGUUAUUGCUGAGAACCUUCUAGUGAUCCCUCUGCUUACAAAGUGUCUGAAACAGGGGACAGCUGAGACACGAAGAAACGCCGCAGCGACGUUAUCGUCACUUUCAGCUAUUGAUUCUAACAAGAUCGUUAUUGGGAACUCUGAAGCAGUCAAGGCGUUGAUUGAUCUUAUCGAAGAAGGUGAUAUGUUAGCCACAAGAGAAGCUACCUCCACUGUCUUUAACCUCUGUAUUGUAUUGGAGAACAAGGAAAAGGUGGUUUCAGCGGGUCUGAUUCGUGCGGCAACCAAAAAGAUCAAAGCGGGAAGCAAUGUGGAUGAGUUGUUAUCUCUCUUGGCGUUGAUAUCUACACACACGGGGGCUAUUGAGGAAAUGGAUAAUCUAGGGUUUAUCUAUGAUCUGUUCAGUAUCUUGAGGAAACCGAGUAGCUUGCUGAAUGGUGAGAACGCUGUAGUGAUCGUCUUCAACAUGUGUGAUAGAAACAGAGACAGGUUCAGACUGAAAGUGGUGGGAGAAGAGGAGAUGAAAGUGGUGGGAGAAGAGGAGAAUCAACACGGGACGUUUACGAAACUUGCGAAGCAAGGAUCAGUUCGUGCUGUGAGAAAAGCACAAGGGAUUUUACAGUGGAUUAAGAGAUUCGUUACUGGUAAAGAGCCACAGAGGGCAUGAAGGAAAGAAUCAGGUCUUGUUAAUACGUAAAUAGUUUUGCUGCAAACUUGACUCUUCUUACCUUACCGAUCAAAAAAUUGAUAGUAAAUAAUCAUAGAAAGUGUAGAAGUUAAAAUAUAGAAGGAAAAGGUGUAUAUA